AAUUCCGUCCCAAAUACACACCAUGCAGGUCUACACUUGGUACUUUCCGUCCCCUAUUUAAACCCCAUGAGUGCAACCCCUCCUCCUCCACUCCUACACACCACCCUUCAAUUCCUUCCCUCACGACGCGCUCUCUCUCUCUCUCUCAUACAGAUAGAGAGAAGCUUAACUGAUCGUUCAAGUAGUGUCCAUGGCGGCCAGUCGAGUGGUGUGGGUGAACGGGCCAAUCGUGGUCGGCGCCGGGCCGGCGGGGCUGUCGGUGGCGGCGUGCCUGCGCGAGCGCGGCGUGCCAUCGGUUGUGCUCGACCGCGCCGACUGCGUCGCCUCGCUGUGGCAGCGCCGCACCUACGACCGCCUCCGCCUCCACCUGCCGCGCCACUUCUGCGAGCUCCCGGGGAUGUCCUUCCCGGACGACUACCCGGAGUACCCCACCAAGCGCCAGUUCGUCGACUACCUCGAGGCCUACGCCGCGCGCUCCGGCGUCGAGCCCCGGUUCAACCAGGCAGUCACGUCAGCCCGUUACGACGCUGCGGCGGGGCUGUGGCGGGUGCGCGCCGAGGACGUCGUCUCGGGGGAGGCCACCGAGUACAUCGGCAGGUGGCUCGUCGUGGCCACGGGCGAGAACGCGGAGCGUAUCGUGCCGGAGUUCGAGGGCGCCGAAGACUUCGGUGGGCCCGUAUCGCACGUGUCGGAGUACAAGUCCGGCGAAGCGUUCAGCGGCAAGCGCGUGCUCGUCGUCGGCUGUGGCAACUCCGGCAUGGAGGUCUGCCUUGACCUCUGCGACCACAAUGCCCUCCCUUCCAUGGUCGUCAGGGACUCGGUGCACGUCCUGCCACGGGAGAUGAUCGGCGUUGCGACGUUCUCGGUCGCCGUCUUCCUCCUCCGAUUCCUGCCGCUGUGGCUGGUGGACAGGAUUCUCGUCCUCCUCGCGCGGCUGUUCCUCGGCAACCUGGAGAAGCUCGGCAUCAGGCGGCCGUCUGGGGGGCCGCUGGAGCUCAAGAACACCAGGGGCAGGACACCGGUGCUCGACAUCGGCGCGCUCGCCAGGAUCCGGUCCGGCGACAUCAAGGUCGUGCCUGGGAUCAAAAGGUUCUUCCAUGGGGGCGCAGAGCUCGUCGACGGCCGGCGCGUCGCUGCCGAAGCGGUGAUCCUGGCCACCGGCUACCACAGCAACGUCCCUCAGUGGCUCAAGGGAAGUGACUUCUUCACCCAGGAAGGGUACCCAAGGGCGCCAUUCCCAGAUGGCUGGAAGGGGCAGUCAGGGCUCUACUCUGUUGGCUUCACCAGGAGAGGCCUCUCAGGUGUCUCAUCUGAUGCUGUCAAGGUUGCACAGGACAUUGCCAUAGCGUGGGAACAGCAAACCUCCACAAGAUCAUGAUGGAUUGAUGCAUCCAAACACAUAAUUGGACUAGCCGAUUAACUUGCCGAUGAUCAUUAAUCCUAAUGGACUUGCUAACUUCGCAUAUCUUGUCAUCGCAUCGGUGCAUGUCCAAUAAUACUUGAUGCAAUUUGGCCAAGAGUUAUCCAAGCACAAGUUCAGAGAUAUAUGGUCAUCUAUGACCAGAGAAGUUCAGGGAAACAAAAUGAAAAUCAUAAGCCAAUAACUCUCGGAGAUUGUUUCUGGGUCCAAAGAAGCAGAGGACGAAGUUGGGAACUCGGGAGAACCGGAGAUGCCGCAAAUGAAUAUGUAUCUUGGAUACUACAGCAUUGGUGAGGAGGCCAGAUUCUAUGCAUCAACUAGAGCCCAAAUUUUGCUGUUGCCAUGGGCCCUUAUGUACAGAAAUAUUAAGUAGUGAAGUUGUGUAUAGUACAACUGAUGUUUGGUAUAGUCUAGAGUUGACAUCUCAUGUGUACUACCUUGAUGUUUAUGUAUGGAGUUGAAA